GUCGUCACCUCGCCGCAGUCCUCCUACUCAAAGCGGGAGCGGAGACACGCAGCAGCGCCAGAGCCGUGCGCCUCUCAGGGGGAAAGUGAUUAUCCCAGCGGACCUGGUCGGAUGUUUGAGACUAUUGGAAAGACCACUGAAGCCUAUUUUCUUUUUGAAUUCAAUCUGUAACCAGCCCGGAUACUUGCAGGAUCUGUGAGGCUUUACUGUAACCAUGGGGGACGUGGUUUCCUCUCACCUGGAUGAGAACAGGCGGGAGAUGAUUACAGCUCGGACCAGAGAUGUGAUGAAGGAGUUUGGCGACGUGUACGAGCAGCAGUACGCAGUCGCCCUCUUCAAUAGCGUCCGCUUUGAGAUAGAGGGAGGAGGAGGAACGCAGUCACAGCUGCUUCACAGAAAGGACCCUCUGGCAGGCCGGUCCAUCUUCUCAGGGUGUCUGUUUCAGUAUCUGGAGGAGAAUCGGAAAUGGAGGAAUCGCUUUGUAUCCGUGCCAAACAGCUACAACAUCAGCCUCUAUGAGAGCAAAACAGCACAUGAACGGGGCCUCCACCCAAAGGCAACCAUCAACUGCGCCGGAUACAAGGCCCUUGACUCAUUAGAGGAAUACAUGGAGCUGAUAAAUACCAGCCUGCCAGGUAUCAAGGCCAAAGUGAGCAGUCAUCCGUUUAUCAAGUGUGCGACCCAGUACCCCCUCAUCCUGUGGCACCCAUAUGCCCGCCACCACUACUUCUGUGUGAUGACAGAGAAGGAGCAGAAGAAGUGGCACGCCGUGCUGCAGGACUGUGUCAGACACAGUAACAAUGGUCUGCCAGAGGACUGCACUGUUAAAACACCAGCCUUCACUGAUACUGUGAGACAUCACAGACAAGCCAAAGGACACUAUGGGACCUGGGAUAUGAUGUGUGGAGCACCCCCACAGAUUUUGGCAAAUCUGGUGAUGGAGACCCUCCACCCGGAGCUGAGAAACAUUAUUGGUCCUCGUCUGAGGGGGAAGAUGCAGCAGAGACAGCGACACUGGAUGUUGAUCUCUGAUGCAGUGUACAAGCAGGUGUUGUCUCAGACCACCGGCCAGUAUGAAGCACUGGUCGAAGCCUGUGAGGCCCAGAAAGCUCCACUGGAUGCCAGACUGCGAACAGACAUGGACCAGAUCAUCACGUCUAAGGAGCAUGUCAGCAGCAAGAUACGAGCCCUGGUGUUACCCAAGGCGGAGCAGCUCCUACGGACCAACGUCCAGCCCUACAUCAGCUCCAUCCUGGAGGCCCUGAUGGAGCCCACCAGCCGAGGUUUCUCCGAGGUCAGGGACGUUUUCUUCAGGGAGCUGGUGGAGAUCAGCAAGAACUCGCUAAACGGAGGGGGCAAAGAAAAACUGGGAGAUCACAUGGACAGGCUGUCCAUGCUCGCCUUCCACCCGGUGAAGAUGCAGAGCUGCUAUGAGAAGGUGGAGCAGCUCAAUCUGGAGGGGCUGCAGCAGAGGUUCGACGUCGCCAGCCCCUCUGUGUUCAUCAGCAGGGCUCAGAUUCUCAUGAGGGAGCAAAUGGACAACGCAGUGUACACAUUCGAGCAGCUGCUCAACCAGUCUAUAGAGAACCAGGGAGAGGACGACUUGUGCAAGAACAUCCAGCGAUGCCAGGACAGGGUUCUUAAGAAAUAUGAUUACGACAGCAGCACAGUGCGCAAGAAGUUCUUCAGAGAGGCUCUGCUGCAGAUCACCAUCCCGUACAUGCUGAAGCAGCUCUCGCCAUCCUGCUCACCUGAACUGCCUCGCUUUAAAGAGCUCAUCUUUGAGGACUUCUCCCGUUUCCUGCUGGUGGAAAAUAUGUUUGAGGAGGUGGUGCUGCAGUCUGUCUCCAAGGACAUAAUGAUGGCUGUGAAGGAGGCAGCUGUCCAGAGGAGACACAAUCUCUACAGGGACAGCAUCAUUCUGACCAACAGUGACCCAAACUUGCACCUGCUCGGAGAAAACCCCGGAGUGGACUGGGCUGCUAAGUUUGGGGCCGAUGAGACAGAGGACUCUGUUGGUGGUGGCGGUAUUGACGGAGGAGGUUCUGGGAGCAGACGCAAGCAGGUGGUGUCCAUGAUCCAGCUGGACGGAAUGCCUCUGCCCUUCGAGUCCUGCCUGGAGGUCCCAGGUGUGGAGCUCAUCCCUGAGGAGGAUGCUGAGGUGACCGAGGGCAUAGAGGAGGACGGCGGGGAGGAUGAGGAGGACUCUGACCUGCCAAAGGAACCCAUGUCUCCUGACAGUGUGGAUGAAAUCAGGGACCUGAUUAACCCUGUGGUGGAGGUGGCGCUUCCAGUUGCAGAGGAGAGUGACGAAACCAACAGGACGGAGGAGACUACAGGCACCCUUACCACGGAGGACGGGGUGCAGGAGGAUGUGACGCACGUCACCACCAUCGUGAACGUCCCCAGGAAAUCUGUGCGAGACAAGACGUCCACAAAAGCAAUGCUGGAGCAGCUGGUGGGAAGCAAAAAGCAGGAAGCUGAUAAGGAGCAUCAGGAGGAGGCAGCCAUCAAGAACGCCAUUGAGGAGAUAGAGACGGCGGUGAAAGAAGACGACAGUGAACGGAUUGCUGAGGUCUCUGCAACAGAAUCAGAUGAGUCGUCGCUGCCACAACUGGCUACAGACUCCGGCUCGCGUAACGACAGCGGCUUCCAGUCGCCGACCAAUGAGGGGCUGGAUGAAAGUGAGCCUCAGCCAAUUACAAAUGGUCUGAACGGAGAGGACAAAAUUAUCGACCCUGCAGAUGUGGAAGUGUCAGUAGCGUAGGAGGAUAAUCGUCUGAACAGAACUCUGAAACUGGAGACGGAAACAGCAGGUUGUGCGUCACAUGUAAUGGGAGAGAGUGAAUUAAGACUGUAUUGUUGUUGAUAUUGCACACUCCAAAACCAACUCUCCCGUCGUCCCCACUUUUUUCUUUGGUGGUUGGUUCCUUUCUACGCAGCUUAGUGAAUCUCAAUGCAAAGCUUUGUCAUAUUUUGUGUAUGACACUAAUUAAAACAUACCUUCAUGCUAUGUUAAUACGCUGAUCUCAAGGAUUUAAAGUGGUAAUCCGCUUUUUUAAACUCACAAAAUAAGGGAGAAAGUCUAAACAAGAACGUCAUCUAAGUUAUUAAUGUUUUCCAGUUGUGUUAAAGGUUUGUUUACAUCAGUAAAGUCUGUAAACACAGCAGGAAGUCAGGCCUUUUUUUAAUGUAUGGCUUCAAUGAUUCACAGCCUCUACCUGGGCAGCAGGGGGUGCUACAGUACAACCAGCCUUUAGAUGUUGUACGGGGGUUCAUAUGUGUAUUUUCACUACUAUUUUUUUGAUAUACCGGUAUCUAUUUUUGUAAAAUGUAACUUCCAUAUGUAGUUUGUUAACUUGGAAAGCUUUUCCUGUAUUCACAAAUGGCCUUUAUGUUUCAACACAUGAUGUUUUAGCACAAUCUGUCAGGAAUGAUUUGCACUUCCACUGUGAUUUGAUGAGUAAGAUGGUUUCAUCUCUUUUGGAAAAAAAAAAAAAAAAACACCAAAACUUAUUGUUUCUUGUCAUUUUGCUGGUGGGUGUAGAAGACCAAGAUACAGUCAAUAAUGGCUCAUAUACUUGUAGGAUUUCUGAUGAACUUGUAACCAGAGGAAACUCUCUUUGGGAUUAUGAGGGAAACUCUUUAUGACGACUUCUGAUGUAUUUCCAAAUAUUACUUGUGUAUAUUUUGUCCAACUUCAUGGUAAGUAUGCUGAGUCAAACAUAACAGGGAUGAUUUUCUAUUUAAAACCAAUCUGUUCAAAUUUUAAAGUUGUAAAAUGAUAUAUUUGUACCUGUUAUUUGGAUGAAGUGGCUGUUAGAGGAGUUUUAUGUCCCUGUCUGUGUAAAAAAAGAAAAAAGUAAACUGUAUCACUGAUGCUCACCUUGUGGAAGACAUUUGUUUGUGUUAGAUUAACAGUGUCGUGUCACUGUAAAUCAUGACAUGAGACACUGAUGAUAAAUGUGUAUAUAAAUAUUCCUCUAAUACAUUUGGCAGCACUUCAUUCGAGGGCGCAAAAAAGUUUCCUGGAAAUAACUAUUUAGUUAGCCAUCUCUGCCAAGUCAGUCUGCAGCCAACGCAAAAGUUGACAAGGUAUAAAACCUGGUUAAAUUUAAUGGUUGAAACUUGUAUAUUUAUGAUUAAUAAUGCCUGUAGUUUGAUAUGACAACACAUUUGAACAAUUUUAUCAACAGUAACAAGCGAAGAUGCUGUUAAUUAGAGUCAUUUAAAGUUAUUGGUAAUUUAUCUUCAGCUCAUUGAAGAACAUUGGGACGUUAUCGUCGUCUUAUUUGAGGAUAUUGGGACACAAUCAUUGUUGACAAUGUUUAGUUUUUUAUACUUCUCAGGUGCUACUGAUCCCAAAUAACCUGGAGAAAUAAAAAUGCAUACCAAACAAAAGUUCGAGUCUCAGGAGGGUUUGGAAUAAACUACAUUUUUGCAAUUUCAGCUCACUUGAUGUGCAGACUAACAGAACAGAAAACCUUUUUCCAGGACAAAUAGAUAUGAAAUACUUAAAGUGUUGUACUUUAUAUGAUAUAUACCAGACGUACAUAUACAUUUUCAGCUAAAUAAUAGUACAAAUAUAUCACUUUACAACUUAAUUUUUGUUAUUUGUACUAAAAGAUAGUCCUUCCCAGGAAUCUUCUUGUUACAUAUCAGUUUCUUGUCAGGAAUUUAAAGGGACAGUUCACCCCAAAAUCAAAAAUACAUAUUUUUCCUCUUACCUGUAGAGCUAUUUAUCAGUAUAAUUGUUUGGUGUGAGUUGCCGAGUGUUGAAGAUAACAGUUGCACAGAUGUCGGCAUUCUCUUUAAUAUAAUGGCACUAGGUGGCACUCAGUGUGUGGUGCUCAAAACACCAACAAAAAAAUGAUUUUUUUUCUGGCACUUUGAGCACCACGAGCUGAGUGCCAUUUAGGUUCAUUGUAUUGGAGAGACGAUAGACAUCUCUACAGCUGAUAUCUCCAACACUCGGCAACUCACUCCCAAACAAUCUAGACUGAUAAAUAGCUCUACAGAAAAGAGAGAAAAUCUGUAUUCUUAAUUUUGGGGUGAACUGUCCCUUUAAGCGAACCGUUGUCCCUGUCUAAGUGUUACCACAUUUUUUGGUGUCAGCAUCACACGCUCUACUAAGUGGCUUAAUUUCACUUUUGCACCAUUUGUAGUCAACAGACAAGGCUGCAAUCUAAUGUUACACGCUGGGAGGAGAGUUGUGAUUCCUGCUUCUCUCAGUUGUCUGAGUCAGUGUCCUGUUGUGAAAUUUCCACUGUAUCUAGGGGAUCUUUUGAGUUUGCUGCCUUUAGAUUCAUACCCAAGAUCUUUUACUUCCAAUGGAGGACCACUGUCUCCUCCUCCUGUUUAUUUAUUGCAAAACCUGUAAGUCUGUUUGGUGUGAGCAGCUCCACUUGUAUGUUUAGUGCUUUUGUUUCCUUAAAUAAAUAAAUAUAUGUGAAAAAA